AUGGUUUCCAUCAAGUCUGUUACCCUUUUUUCUGCUCUUGCUGCCCUUGUUGCUGCCGCUCCUGCUCCUGCUGCCGCUCCUGAAGCCAAAGCCAUUGCUGCCGCUCCUCCCACUGCUGAUGAGCUUCUUGCUCCCUACACUGGUGUUGAGAAGAGAGACGCCAAUGCCGCUCCUGCCCAACUUUUGGAUUUGGGUUUCCUUUCUACUCUUCUCGGUGCCAUUGUUUCCUUCCUUAAUGAUGCUCUUACUUCUCUUCUCACUCUUAACCUUAACGGCACUCUUGCCGCUGUUGGUGACCUUCUUACCAACAUCACCACUGUUCUUGUCAAGCUUGUUGAUUCUCUUACUGGCGUCGUUGUUGGAACUGGUCUCGCUGGUGCUCUUAACAAGCUCCUUCUUACUACUGGUCUCAAAACUCUUCUUCAAGCUCUUCUCACUAUUGUUAACCAGCUUGUCAAGAGUCUUUCUGGCAAAACCCUUGACUCUUCCCUCAUUAAUAUCAUUACUUCGCUCCGUGGUACUCUUAACAACCUUUCCACUGUCCUUGGUUCGGCUGGUCUUGGUGAUGGCGUUUCUAACCUUCUUAACUCCAUUAUCAGCCUCCUCGACACUCUCCUUUAA